AUGCAAGUUAUAAAAGAAACACCUGAAUUAAACGCAUCUAUUGAUCAAGUAAAAAACAAUGUUGUCAUCGAAGAAACUGUAGAGUGCGUAGGCCCGGAUGUUGUUCACAAAUCGAACGGUGUCGUCGAUAUUCGUAAAGCUGUACUGGCUGAAGAAGACAACGUAAUAAGAGAUAUGGUAGUUACACAAGAAAGUGUCGAAUGGAUAGAAGAAAAUAAUGAAGUAACUGUUGCAACAAAUGAGGCAGAAACAUCACAGAAAAUAGCGGCUGUUCAAGGCCCUGACACAAAAGCUAGAAAUGAAAACAUUUCUAGUUCUGGGCAGCAAGAAGUCCUUAACAAAGAGGAACUGCUAGAUAUUUCGCAAAUAAUAGAUGUAGAAUCUUCUGACAAAGAAGUAGUUGAAUAA